AGAUCAUCGAUCGCCGAGCAAGCGCAGCAGCUGCCGCCGUCGUCGUCUCCUCCUCCUCGUCGGCGGCGAGAGCGAGUGGUAGUGUCGUAGAAGUAGAGGUAGAGCUAGCUUGGAGGCCAUGGGGUCGGUGCCGGAGGAGGUGGUGUUCCGGUCGAAGCUGCCGGACAUCGAGAUCGACGGCGAGCGGACGCUGCAGGAGUACUGCUUCGAGAAGAUGGGGGAGGUCGGGUCGCGGCCGUGCCUGAUCGACGGGCAGAGCGGGGAGUCGUACACGUACGCGGAGGUGGAGGCGCUGACGAGGCGGGCGGCAGCGGGGCUGCGGGGGAUCGGGGUGGGUAAGGGGGACGUGGUGAUGAACCUCCUCCGGAACUGCCCCGAGUUCGCGUUCUGCUUCCUCGGCGCGGCGAGGCUCGGGGCGGCGACGACGACGGCGAACCCGUUCUACACGCCGCACGAGAUCCACCGCCAGGCGGAGGCCGCGGGCGCCAAGGUGAUCGUCACCGAGGCCUGCGCCGUCGAGAAGGUGCGGGAGUUCGCCGCCGGGAAAGGCCUGCCCGUGGUCACCGUCGACGGCCCCGCCGAAGGCUGCGUGGAGUUCCGCGAGUUGAUCGCCGCGGAGGACGAGCUCGAGGCCGACGCCGACGUCCACCCCGACGACGUCGUCGCCCUCCCCUACUCCUCCGGCACCACCGGCCUCCCCAAGGGCGUCAUGCUCACCCACCGCAGCCUCAUCACCAGCGUCGCGCAGCAGGUGGACGGAGAGAACCCUAACCUAUACUUCAGCAAGGACGACGUGCUGUUGUGCUUGCUCCCGCUGUUCCACAUCUACUCGCUCAACUCCGUGCUCCUCGCUGGCUUGCGUGCCGGGUCGACGAUUGUGAUCAUGCGCAAAUUUGAUCUGGGCACACUUGUUGACCUGGUGCGCACGCACAACAUCACUAUCGCCCCGUUCGUUCCCCCUAUCGUGGUGGAGAUCGCCAAGAGCCCCCGCGUCACCGCCGAGGACCUCGCCUCUAUCCGCAUGGUCAUGUCCGGCGCCGCGCCCAUGGGCAAGGACCUCCAGGAUGCCUUCAUGGCUAAGAUCCCCAACGCCGUCCUUGGACAGGGUUAUGGUAUGACCGAGGCCGGGCCGGUGUUGGCAAUGUGCCUGGCGUUCGCCAAGGAGCCCUUCAAGGUGAAGUCCGGGUCGUGCGGCACGGUGGUGCGCAACGCGGAGCUGAAGAUCGUCGACCCCGACACCGGCGCCUCCCUCGGCCGGAACCAGUCCGGCGAGAUCUGCAUCCGCGGGGAGCAGAUCAUGAAAGGGUAUCUGAAUGACCCGGAGGCAACCAAGAACACCAUCGAUCAGGACGGGUGGCUGCACACCGGUGACAUCGGCUUCGUCGACGACGACGACGAGAUCUUCAUCGUGGACAGGCUCAAGGAGAUCAUCAAGUACAAGGGGUUCCAGGUGCCACCGGCCGAGCUGGAGGCGCUGCUCAUCACUCACCCGGAGAUCAAGGACGCCGCCGUCGUCUCGAUGAAGGAUGAUCUUGCCGGUGAAGUGCCGGUCGCCUUCAUUGUCCGGACAGAAGGCUCAGAAAUCACCGAGGAUGAGAUCAAGAAAUUCGUUGCAAAAGAGGUGGUGUUCUACAAGAGGAUCAACAAGGUGUUCUUCACCGACUCGAUCCCCAAGAACCCUUCCGGCAAGAUCCUCAGGAAGGACUUGAGAGCCAGGCUCGCCGCCGGCAUCCCCGACGCCGCCACCGCCACCGCCGGCGACGCCGCUGCACCCAAGAGCAGCUAAAGAAGCCGCCGUUUUUCUCUAUUUUCUCGAUGAAAAAAAAAUAUGCAGAGAUAUGAUAUUGCUGUGCAUGUAAAAUGGCGACAGAAAUGGAGCAGCAAGCACGCAGUGAAUUUGAUCCGGAAGUUUAUAGUUUGUUUUCUUGGUUGGUUGAUGCUGCAGCAGCUUGUACAAUGUUCAUAAAAACGGUAUCAAUAUUAUUAUACAUAGAUGAUGUAUUGUUUUUUGACCAUAAGAACAAGGCUGAUUACAAAUAAUAUACAGUGUAUUAAUUA